GGCUCCUGAUUGGUGGAGCUUCGCAGUCAGUGUCGUCAGAUCAGCUCUCUUGUGUGAGAGUCCGCGCGCUGGAGCAUUCAUUGUGCUUUCUAUAAGCGGCUGAAGAAGAAGAGGAGAUGCGAGCAGGUCCAUGUGAGAGUUUGCCUUGACUUUGACGAAGACACGGAGCGCGCGCGCACACACACAAGGACCGUGCUUUGUUGCUGGUGGCAAAUCCCACGGAGGACAGAAUCAGCCACAAUCUCCAUCACUUCAUCUGGAUCUCACAGAAGAGGACGAGAAAUCUGUUCACCCUCACCAAAGGACGGAUUUGUGCUCAUAAGGUUGCGAUUGCGAGACUAUCAACCCACAAUGAUCCUGAAUGCCUCAGACCCGGCCUGGGAUGAAUCCUCGGGAGAAGACCCGAUCUUCCCAGUGGACCAGCUGGGCAGCACACCUCAGUAUGAAUUCCCACCUCUCACCAUGUGGGGUGUGGCCCUCUGUGUUUCAGGCACUCUCAUUGCCGGUGAGAAUGCCAUCGUUGUCACCACCAUCCUGGCCACGCCAUCCCUUCGCGCGCCCGUCUUCUUGCUGCUCGCGAGCCUCGGACUGGCCGACCUCUUGGCCGGUGUGGCACUGAUUCUGCACUUCUUGUUCCUGUUCUGCGUGGAGCCCAGCGACUGGUCGGAACUGCUGACAUCGGGACUGCUGGUCACAUCCCUGACUGCCUCGCUCUGUAGCCUCAUGGGUGUCGCGCUGGACAGGUACCUGUCUUUGAGUCACGCCCUCACCUACGGUUCGAGCCAAUCGCGCCGCAGAGCCGCCAUCCUCCUGCUGCUGGUCUGGUUUGGCGCGUGCAUCAUUGGAGCCGGACCUGCAAUGGGAUGGCACUGCCUUGAGGAGCCAAACUCCUGCUCUGUAGCACGACCUUUGACCCGGACUUAUCUCUCACUGCUAUGUGGUGGUUUCCUCAUCGUUGUUAUUGUAACCCUUCAAUUGUACGCCGGGAUUUGCCAAGUGGCGAGGCGGCAUGCCCACGCCAUUGCCACACAGAGGCACUUCCUCCCCUCCAAUCAGUCAUAUGCAAGCAAACACAGCAGCGGACGAGGCUUCUCUCGAUUGAUCCUCAUCCUGAGCGUGUUUGUGGGAUGCUGGAUGCCUUUCUCCCUGUGGGGGCUGCUGGGAGAUGCUUCCAGCCCCCCGCUGUACACCUAUGCUACUUUGGUGCCAGCAGCAGGCAGCUCCCUGCUCAACCCCAUCCUCUACAGCCUGAGAAAUAAAGACAUUCGCAAGGUGCUGUUCCACGCCUGCUGCCCGCACAGAUUCUCCCACAGCACGCACACACACUACCCUGUUGACGUGUAGGCUGCCAAACCUCGACGGACUCAAACCAAGUCACAAUCUAUGCCAGACAUAUCUCCACAAGUGUGCCAAGAUACACACAUAGCUGCACUGACUAUCAUCCAGAUCCAGAACAUCAAGUCUCCCAACAGAUACAAACCCCCCCCACACACAACAAAUACACACACAGGCAGCACUUUUUCUUACGAUGAAGUCCUUCUGCAAAUCAGAAUGUACCGAACAGUCUUCGCCGGCGUCCAUCCUGGGAGGAAAGAAUAAACGUGCUGUUCUGUAUGUACUUCGUGCCUCAUCCUCAGUCAACUGUAGCUCCACUGUAUCCCCAGAAAACAGUAUUCGGAGGGACAGAAGAACCACGGUGUACAUCCCUCCCAU